CCACUCGCAAGUAUCGCGGACGCGCAAACGACCAUGCGAAAAUAUUGCAACCACAAAUCUGGAACUUUUUACACAAACGGUUAAGAUUCAUCUAGAGCCCAUAAACAAACAAACACAUUGUAUUCGGAACUAUAACAAAAUUAACAAUCAUCGUUGGAAAUAAUACUAAAUAAUCGCAAAAAUUAACGAAAUUCUCACAAAAAAUCAAACCCGGAGUCCGCGCAUACACGUCUUCAUCGCACAUCAUUUGGAUAAACAUCUGCAAUAGAACCAUCUCAACAACCGGCACAACAGCAACUCCUUAAAAAGUAUCUAAACAAUAGAAUCGAAAUAACAGUUAGCAGCAAACUUCUUGUUAAGCAAAACAUUUGCCAGUUUUUGUUUAAGUUUUUCUUUAUUUGCUACAUUUAAUAACAACGGUAAUAUAAAUUUUGUAAUCUUUAUGUAAUGUUAAGUGUGUAAUUGUCGGAAGGAUCGCUAAGUAAAUACGCUUCUAAAAUAAUACAACAUAUAAUACCGAUAAAUACGCAGUCAUAAUAUAAUAAUAAAAACGUAUAGUAAGGAGGAACGUAUCUGACGGAUGCACGUAUCUAUGGCCACGCGUUGCAAACUUUAAAAGCGUUCAAAAAUGCAGCGACAUGUCUGGAAGUGCAUAAAAAUCAAAUACAAAAUCUAUAAAUUUCAAACAAGUGAAGGCAACACAACCUAAAAUUAACGCAAAAAACAAAUAUAUAACUAAAAGUGUGGCAUAUUUUGUGUUUAGUGUCGAAUUAUGAUCAUCAAGUGAAGUUGAUGAUAAAAAAAAAACAACAAAAACAAAAACCAAACAAUUAAGCGAACUGAAAACAAUUGAAAUUAUAUAAUUAUCCAGUUAGAGUGCAAACCAGUUACAUCCGUAAUAUAAGCCGCAAUUCACUUUGCACACAUUCGCAACUAAACUUUCGAUCGGAUUGGAUUGUACUAGAUCGGAUCACCCCGCACAUCUUAUGCAUAGAUACAAAGAUACUACCACCUAGCCACACCAAAAGCAGUCGGAUAAGACUUUCGAAAUUGAAUCUAUGCCAAAAUUGAGCUACUAGCCGAAGGAAAUUUAAAUCAAAAUUAACUGACAAGUCUAAUUGCCAAGUGCCUCCUCCAACCGAAGCUUUACGUAACCCGUUGCAGUUGCAGUUGCCAUUGCAGUUGCAGUCGCAGUUGCUGUUGCAGAUUCAGGUUCUGACUUAGACCCAGUCAGGGAGUCUCAGGGAAAGGAAAAGUGCAUUCGAAAAGCUCUUCGAAUCGGCGCUGGACCAUCGCACUCACACCACCACCACCACAGCGCGAUCGGGCUCCGCUUCAAAGCUCCACGGGGCUAUACACGCCCCAGCAGAAGGCAGAAAGCAGAGAGGGAGCAGCCGACUGCAGCAACUGCAGCAGCCGAGCGAUCAGCAAACGCCAAGAGAGCGAGCUCGUAACUUGUUCUCCGAGUCUUCGUGCACUUCCUGUGCAGCUCUGCUGCUCCGAUCCCAUCCGAUCCGAUCCGAUCCGAUCCGACGGUCCCCCCAGCAACAGGCGAUCAUUUCGCUGGCGAAUGCAACGCUGAUUGCAAUUACUGCAGAGCAGAGCAGAGCUGAGCAGAGCGAUCCAUCCAUCCAUCCAUCCGUCGGUGCUGCGCCGCUGCAUUCUCGAGCGAAAAGUGAAAGAGAGUCGAUUUGCGAUCGGCUUUCUGCGGUGAUCUACUGUACUCUCAUCGCAUCCCGGUCUCCACUGCACUCUCACUCAUCCAGCGGAUCGCGCAACGUGUCGGAAAAGCGCGAAAGUUUUGCACGAAAAAAAAACGCAACAAAAAACCAAAAAAAAAAAGAAACAAAAAUUUAAUAAUUUUAGUAAUAAGUGCCGUAAAGUGAAUCUCCUGUGAAGUUCUUCAAUAGUGAAAUUAUAAAAGACAAAAAAAACACACACACACACACACAAAACACACACAUUCGCAUAAAUUCGCAUAAAUAUAGUUUAGCACAUUUUCGGAUUAAAUAUCUACAGACAGCACAGCAGAGAACACCCACUACUGGAUACGACCACCCCACUUGGAUACACAGCGCCUGAGAUACUCUCUACUGGGAAGUUCCACCAACAAUUCGUUCGAAAAUGGCGGAGGGUAAUGGCGAACUGUUAGAUGACAUUAAUCAGAAAGCCGAUGACCGUGGCGAUGGCGAACGUACAGAGGACUAUCCCAAGCUGCUGGAGUACGGUCUGGAUAAGAAAGUCGCCGGAAAACUGGAUGAAAUCUACAAAACCGGCAAGCUGGCUCACGCCGAGCUGGAUGAGCGCGCCCUGGACGCGCUCAAGGAGUUCCCCGUCGAUGGUGCCUUGAAUGUGUUGGGUCAGUUUCUCGAAUCGAACCUGGAGCACGUGUCUAACAAGUCCGCCUACCUAUGUGGCGUGAUGAAGACGUACCGCCAGAAGAGUCGAGCUAGCCAACAGGGCGUCCCCACGCCCGCCGCUGCUGUUCAAGUGAAAGGACCCGACGAGGACAAGAUCAAAAAGAUCCUAGAGCGCACCGGCUACACAUUAGAUGUGACGACAGGUCAACGCAAAUACGGCGGACCGCCACCGGACUGGGAAGGAAAUGUGCCGGGCAAUGGAUGCGAAGUGUUUUGCGGAAAGAUACCCAAGGAUAUGUACGAGGACGAACUGAUUCCGCUAUUCGAAAACUGCGGCACAAUUUGGGACCUACGCCUCAUGAUGGACCCGAUGACGGGCACAAAUCGUGGUUAUGCAUUUGUCACAUUCACAAAUCGCGAAGCCGCCGUCAACGCAGUGCGACAGCUCGAUAAUCACGAAAUAAAACCCGGCAAGUGUCUGAAAAUAAAUAUAAGCGUACCGAAUCUGCGCCUUUUCGUAGGCAAUAUUCCCAAGUCAAAGGGCAAAGAUGAAAUUUUAGAGGAAUUUGGUAAACUUACAGCUGGCCUUUACGAGGUAAUCAUAUACAGUUCGCCAGAUGAUAAGAAAAAGAAUCGCGGCUUCUGCUUUCUUGAAUACGAGUCACACAAGGCGGCAUCUUUGGCCAAACGAAGACUUGGAACUGGUAGGAUUAAGGUUUGGGGAUGUGAUAUAAUAGUCGACUGGGCCGAUCCACAGGAGGAGCCAGAUGAACAAACUAUGUCCAAGGUUAAGGUACUUUACGUGCGGAACCUAACCCAGGACGUCUCCGAGGAUAAGCUGAAGGAGCAUUUUGAGCAAUAUGGCAAAGUAGAACGCGUUAAGAAAAUUAAAGACUAUGCCUUUAUACACUUUGAGGAUCGUGAUAGCGCCGUCGAAGCUAUGCGUGGCCUUAAUGGCAAGGAGAUCGGCGCCUCGAAUAUUGAGGUCUCCCUUGCCAAACCACCCUCGGACAAGAAGAAAAAGGAGGAGAUCCUGAGGGCCCGAGAACGCCGCAUGAUGCAAAUGAUGCAAGCGCGCCCCGGCAUCGUGGGAUUUGAAACCUUGUCUCCAUACAGAAACCUGUCGCCGACACAUCCCAGCAUGAUGUCCUUGACGCCGAUGCGGCUCCAAGGAGCGCGCAUGCCACUGCGUACGCCGAUACCCCGCGAAUACGAGUACGAUUAUGACUAUUUCGGUUUCUCGGAGUAUCGCCCCGGCGCCUAUACCAACGAACCUUACUAUGACGAUAUGUACCGCUCCUACGAUGGCGAAUACAACUACUAUGAUUAUCCGAAUGCCUCGGGUCCCGGCGGAAGCGGGGGCGGCACUGUGGGCGUGACAUCCAGCUCGCUAGCCGCUGGCGCCUCCCCGAAUGCAUCGCUCUCCGGUGGGCAGCGAUCGGCAAGAGCCCCAGCAAGUGGUCCCACUGGUUCGCCAGGCGUUAUGGGAGUUGGUCAUGGGCGUGGAAUCACAGUGCCGCGUGGCAGAGUCGUUGGCCAGCGUGGCAGCAUCAGUCGUCUGGGGGGCCAAACAGCGCCUCAGGCGGCGGCAGCGGCGGCGGCGGUGGGACAGGUGGCGGCGGUAACUCAGCGGGGGGCCACCGUUCAGGGGGCGCCGGCAGCAACCGGGGGGGUCCGUGGGGUGGUGCCAACGCGUCCCAGCGCUCGUGGCACCCAGCACGUCAAGCCGCUACAAAAUUUACCAGUAGUCGGUAAACGUAAGUUCGAUGGAGGUCACCAAAAUCCGGCAGAUGUUAAGCGACGUUACCCGAGCGGUUUAAUAGGAAAUGGCGGCAGUUGGGGCAGUUUACCGCUACCACAGCAACCUUUAGGCACAAAUGGUGAACAGUGGUACAUGGAUACGUUUUCGGCAUGGAGUUAAAAAACAACACGACAGCAACAGCAACUACAACAGCUACAGCUACAGCUACAGCAUCAAUAAAAGCAACCCAAUUAAAAUCAGAUAAAAAAUCAAUCAUUAACAGCCACAGCAGCAACAUAUGGAAAUUACAACCACAACAAGUUAUCCCAGCUUUCUCCGAGCCACAUCCCGGGAGAAAGCCUUUCUCGCGACAUAGUAAACGAAGAUUUGCAACCACAAUUAGAAGCAAUAAAUUUAAUUUCAACGAAAUAUAUAUAAACUAUAAGGAUGGCCAUUAGCAACAAUUCAGAAAGAGCAUUGUUUAGGGAUUCGUUUCGAUCUUAAUUCUUUUGCUAUGAACGCCGUAGACGGGCGUCCCCCCAAAAAGCGUAUCAGAACAAUAGCAGCAAGGAUAUAAGUCGAGUAGAGUAUAUAUGUAUUGUAUGUAAUCACUUAAAUAGCCUUUGCAACUCCUGCAUUUUAAACGAGAGAAAUGUUCAUUUAGUGAAAAGUGAGUUUAGCAGAUUUUUCCCGAAACUUUUAAAAAGAAAAAGCAUCAGCAACGCCUCACAACGUAGAUAAACCAAAAUAAAAUCGUAAAAUCGUUUUAAAAGUUCACAAAACAAAAAAAAAUCAAGUCAAGUAAUAUGAAAUUUGUCUCAUAGUGUUUUUAACUCAAAAUUGAAACAAUAAUUCAGCAUAUAUAGCAAACCUAUACAAAAAUUAUAAAAUAUAACAAAUAUAUUUAUCUAUAACUAUAUAGAGAGUGCAGUCUAAGCCCAAAGCAGAUUGAUUUUAAAUCUUAAGCAGCAUGUAGCACCUUUUUAUACAUUGAAAAUCGAAAAUUGGAAAAAAAAAAAUUCAAAAUCCAUUCGACUACAAGACCUUUUACAACAUUUACACAUGGGCAUUGGGAAAAUGUAAUGAUUGUAUAUAUCCAUAAUAACGAUUAACCGGCGAAUGCUGAGGCAAGACAUAUAGGAAACCUAAACAUAUAUACAAGAGAUCAAGCUCAGAUGCAAUGAUAAACCUAACCAUGUUUAAUAUUCUAAAAACAAAUACAAUUCAAAUUGAAAAGCAAAGCUUAAAGAAACAUUGACUGACAACCAUAAAUAAAACAAAACAAAAAUUAAAAAUUAUUAAUUAGAAUGAUUAAAUUGAUAUGAGAAUGAUAAGCAAACGCGAAAAAUUCAAAUGCACCCAGCAUUAUUAUAUAAUGACUGGUGUCGGCAACCGGCAAGACUUUCUGCAUAAAUUUGAGAAGAAACUAUUUUUAAAAGCGUAAGUUUUAGGCAACUUCAAAUCAAUUAUGGUAUCUGUGGAAGUAAUGAGAAAUAUGUAGAGCUAAGUAAUUGCACACAUACAAAUACAAAACCAUACUUAAAGUCACGCAUGCGUAUGCAAAUAAUACUGAUAAGCUGAUACUGAUAAAAAAAUGGGAAAAUUAACAAAUUGAAGCAACGAAUUAGAAAGACAACACGCAGAGGCGGAGACAACACAUCACAAACAGUAAUAGGGGGGCGAGAGUUCGAUCCGACCCCAAUAUUGAAUUAAAUUAUAAAUUUUAAUAAUGUAAUAAUGCAUACUUAAUACGAACACCCGUAAACUAAAACGAAGCAACACUAAAUCUAUGAAAUCAAUUAGCCAGCGCUCGAGAGUGCGUACUAGCAGAAAAUCUAAACAAUUCAUAACUAAGAAAUUCUAUUUAAAAUCCUCUAAACUAUAUCGAAUUCAGAUUACUCUUUUCCCCACUUUUCUUUACUCCUCAAACUGCUACGCACACAUAAAAUAAAUCCUAUGCAACCUAAUAAUUAUAUAAAAAGGACCUACUUGCAACAUCUUAACUCCAUGCCUAUAAACCAAAAAAAAAAAAAAAAACAAAAA